AUGCUCAGCAGCGGCAUUGCCAGGUCAUUGAGGGCUUCUGCCCGUCGCCCUGCUACUCUGCAGCGCGCCUUCCAGCCCAUCAAGCCUUCGUUCGCUCCCGCCUUGAGCCAGCGCUUCGCCAGCUCUGCCUCCAACACCGAUGGCAGAGUCCACCAGGUCAUUGGUGCCGUCGUCGACGUCAAGUUCGAUGGCGAGCAGCUCCCUGCCAUUCUCAACGCCGUUACCACCGAGAACGGUGGCCAGAAGCUCGUUCUCGAGGUCGCCCAACAUUUGGGUGAGAACGUCGUCCGUUGCAUUGCCAUGGACGGUACUGAGGGUCUCGUCCGUGGCCGCAAGGUCGUCGACACCGGUGCCCCCAUCAAGAUCCCCGUCGGUCCCGGCUGUCUCGGUCGCAUCAUGAACGUCACUGGUGACCCCAUUGACGAGCGUGGUCCCAUCAAGGCCACCAAGCUCGCCCCCAUUCACGCCGAAGCCCCCGAGUUCAUUGACCAGUCCACCUCUGCCGAGAUUCUUGUCACUGGUAUCAAGGUUGUCGACCUUCUCGCCCCUUACGCCCGUGGUGGUAAGAUUGGUCUUUUCGGUGGUGCCGGUGUCGGCAAGACUGUCUUCAUUCAGGAGCUCAUUAACAACAUCGCCAAGGCUCACGGUGGUUACUCAGUCUUCACUGGUGUCGGUGAGCGUACUCGUGAGGGUAACGAUUUGUACCACGAAAUGCAGGAGACUGGUGUCAUUCAGCUCGACGGCGAGUCCAAGGUCGCCCUUGUCUUCGGUCAGAUGAACGAGCCCCCAGGUGCCCGUGCCCGUGUCGCCCUUACUGGUCUUACUGUCGCCGAGUACUUCCGUGACGAGGAGGGUCAGGAUGUGCUUCUCUUCAUUGACAACAUUUUCCGUUUCACCCAGGCCGGUUCCGAGGUGUCUGCCCUUCUCGGUCGUAUUCCCUCUGCCGUCGGUUACCAGCCCACUCUCGCCGUCGACAUGGGUGGUAUGCAAGAGCGUAUUACCACCACCCAGAAGGGUUCCAUUACCUCGGUCCAGGCUGUCUACGUCCCCGCUGAUGAUUUGACUGACCCUGCUCCCGCCACCACCUUCGCCCAUUUGGACGCCACCACUGUCUUGUCCCGUGGUAUCUCUGAGUUGGGUAUCUACCCCGCUGUCGACCCUCUGGAUUCCAAGUCUCGUAUGCUCGACCCCCGUAUCGUCGGUCAGGAGCACUACGACACCGCCUCCAAGGUCCAGCAGAUGCUCCAGGAGUACAAGUCGCUCCAGGACAUCAUCGCCAUUCUGGGUAUGGACGAGUUGUCUGAGGCUGACAAGCUCACCGUCGAGCGUGCCCGUAAGCUCCAGCGUUUCCUGUCGCAGCCCUUCACCGUCGCCCAGGUCUUCACUGGUAUCGAGGGUAAGCUCGUCGACCUCAAGGACACCAUCAAGUCGUUCAAGGCCAUCAUGAACGGUGAGGCCGAUGACCUUCCCGAGGGUGCCUUCUACAUGGUUGGUGACCUCGCCUCAGCACGCGCCAAGGGUGAGAAGAUUCUUGCCGAGCUUGAGGGCAAAUAG